AUGUGUCACUUUUAUUCGUGGUUUACAGAAUUUUGUGACAUAUUUUGGAAAGAAUAUGCAACGGUCAUUAAAAUUGCAACGGCACUGCAACUGAUCGAUCUUGUGCAUGCGGUGAUUGGCUUCACAAAGGGAAGCUAUCGUACUGGACUUUUCAGGUAUCCUUAUUAUGCGGCAUCCAGUCUUGAAGUUAAAGUAAAUUUACUGACUUGGCUACGAUACAAUGCUUGGAUCCCAAUUUAUCCGCUCGGUUUGAUUCUUGAAGGUUACUUUUUCCACCGGGGAAUAACAAUGUAUCGUGUCCUUCCGUACUAUUAUCGAACCGACAGAUACAGUAUCGAGUUACCAAAUCCAGCAAAUUUUGCAUUCAAUUUCGCCGUUGCGCUUGGAAUUUUCUUAUUUUUCGUAUUUCCUUUUGGUAAGUUUCAAUUUUCAAAGUUUCCAUCCUUCACGUUUUCAGUUUCCUGUUCGAAGACACAAAAAAAAAUUGUAAAAACAAAAGCAGCAAAGAUAGAGCAGCGCAAAAUCGAAAUACCCCCUCCCCUUUUUUUGUGGAAAGCAAUCUACUUUGCUUUGCAUUUUGCGAGUGGUUUUGACCUGAAAAUGUGUUUUAUUGCUUUAUCUGUCGUUUUUUUAGUGGCAAAAUAUCUCUUGACUCAUAUGUGGAUACAGCGGCAGAAGAAAUACAAAAGCGACUUGAAAAAAGCUGCUUGA